UUAUUGAAAGGAGGGGAGCUUACGCCAGGUAUAAGUUCUGAAGAAUAUGUUUUGAGGAGGAAAAAUUUCUUGGAGCUUCUUCCAGAGAAGGGCUUGGCUAUCAUUGCAGCUGCCCCUGUAAAGAUGAUGACGGAUGUCGUGCCUUACACAUUUCGACAAGAUGCCGAUUAUUUGUACAUCACUGGCUGCCAACAAGCUGGUGGUCUGGCUGUUCUAGGCCAUGAGUGUGGUUUCUGCAUGUUCAUGCCCGAAGCAAAUUCUCAUGAUGUUAUUUGGGAAGGGAAAACUGCUGGAGUUGAUGAGGCUUUGGAAAUAUUCAAGGCCGAGAGAGCAUAUCCAAAGCGCAAAUUGAGGGAGAUGAGUGAUAAUCUGAUAAGCAUUUGUGCAUCACACAAGUGUUCAACUAGAAGUUAA